AACGUUGCUCGACCAAUUUGCAGUGAACGAGAUACGAAGAAAGCAAAAGGACUACCGAGUAGCCGCAGCACAGCAUCGCAGUAAACUACCUCGCCUCAAGCAGAUAUGCCGUCAUCCAAGGGGAAGCCUACCGAUCCUGAGCUGCGCGAGCAGCUGAAAGAGGAUAUCAAGAGCCAGCCGAACAAGUCCGGUGGAGGCGAGGGCCAGUGGUCUGCAUGGAAGGCCACGAAGCUCGCCAAGGAAUACGAGAAGCAGGGGGGUGGAUAUGAGAAUGAGGCUGGGUCGAAGAAUGAGCCCAAGAAAGGUGAACCGGAACCCAAGAGUAACAGCAAGAAGAAGUCGGAAACCGAUAGUUGAUUCCUCAUUUUGAAGGAAGAGGAGGUUCGAAUUAUUCCUCAGCUAGACAAGACCCAAACGCUUUCCAAGAUC